AUGACACCACAGUCCGAGCCGGAGGUGAAGAAGGAGUCGGAGGAGUCCAGCCCGGCGGAGGCCUCCUGUCUCUGCUCUCCUCCUGCCAAGAACCAGUGCGCGAGCUGCGGGACGGAGAUCCACGACCGGUACCUGCUGAAGGUGAACAACCUGAACUGGCACGUGGGCUGUUUGGCGUGCUCAGUCUGCAGGGCCUCUCUGCGCCAACACUCCAGCUGCUACGUCAAAAACAAAGAGAUUUACUGCAAACUGGAUUAUUUCAGUAGGUUUGGGACUAAAUGUGCCCAGUGUGGCCGGCAGGUGUACGCCAGCGACUGGGUGCGGCGGGCUCGGGGCAGCGUGUACCACCUGGCCUGCUUCGCCUGCUACUCCUGCAAGAGGCAGCUGUCGACCGGGGAGGAGUUCGGCCUGGUGGAGGGCAGGGUGCUGUGCCGGAGCCACUACAACAUCAUGCUGGACAACCUGCGCAGGGCUGCAGAGAACGGUACAGGUCUGACUCUGGAGGGAGCGCUGCCGUCUGAUCAGGACUGCCAACCAAAACCAGCCAAGAGGGCGAGGACGUCGUUCACCGCUGAGCAGCUGCAGGUCAUGCAGACCCAGUUUGCUCAGGACAACAACCCUGACGCUCAGACGCUGCAGAAACUGGCAGAGAUGACGGGACUGAGCAGACGAGUCAUACAGGUUUGGUUUCAGAACUGCAGAGCCCGACACAAAAAGCAGCCGCCUCAGAGCAGCUUCCCUCAGAGCGCUCCGAUGUCCAGGAUGCCGCCGUCGCUGCCAGAAGAUCUUCACUAUUCCUCGUUCAGCAGCCCGGAUCGACCGCACCUCCUCACCCUGCAUGGAUACCUGGACACUCAUCCCUUCUCGGUCCUCGCCGCCCCGGGCCACUUGACCCAUCCGUCCAUCUCUUUACCGCAGCUUCCCAUCAGCCGCUAAAACGCUGGGUCGGCUGGUCAGCGCUCACGUGACAUAAAGAAAGAAUCCUGUGGGACUUUGCGUCAGCAGUCAGCAGCAUCA